AUGCUCUCUUCAACACGAUUCCUGUCACGGCGCAUUUCAAGACGGACUCUGGGCACACUAGCUCCUUCUUCCAGGAAACAUGUUGUCAACAUCGUAGAGGUGGGCGCCAGAGAUGGGUUGCAGAAUGAGAAGGGCGCUAUCAUACCCGUGGAGACAAAGGUCGAGCUCAUCAACCGCCUCGCCCGAGCUGGGGUGACCAACCUCGAAGCUGGGAGCUUUGUCAGUCCAAAGUGGGUUCCACAGAUGGGGGGCACCGCGGAGGUGCUCAAAGGCAUUGACCACCUCCCUGGCGUGCAUUACUCUGUGCUCGUACCAAACCAGCGAGGUCUUGAUGAUCUAUUUGCUCUGCUGGACACUCAGCCAACCCUAACGGACGAGAUAUCCAUAUUUACCGCCGCCACCGACGCCUUUAAUCAAGCCAACCUCAACUGCACCACCGCGGAAUCGUUGAAGAAGUUGAUUCCUGUUGCUCAAGCUGCGCAGGACAGGGGUUUGAGGGUGAGGGGAUACGUGAGUGUGGUUAUUGCGUGUCCGUAUUCUGGGCGGGUGGAUUAUAAGCGGGUGAGGGAGGUGGCGAAGGAGUUGUUGGAUAUGGGGUGCUAUGAGGUUAGCCUUGGGGAUACGGUUGGGAAGGGCCGGCCGCAUGAGGUUGCGGAGAUGUUGGAGGAGGUUAAGCGGGAUGUUCGGGUUGAGAAGCUAGCUGGCCAUUUUCAUGAUACAUAUGGGACAGCUGUGGCUAAUGUCCUUACUGCGCUAGAACACGGGGUCAGGACUAUAGACUCGUCCGUCGGGGGACUGGGUGGGUGCCCCUAUUCUCCAGGUGCAACGGGGAACGUGGCCACAGAGGAUGUGCUGUACGCUCUCCUCGGCUCGAAAUACCAAGUUGCGGGCUCAAAUGGAGGGACGAUUGGAUUGGAGGACAUCGUUGAUAUUGGGUGGUGGAUCAGUGAAAAACUCGGGCGGCAGAGUGCGAGUCGGGUUGGUAAGCCAAUUAGGAAGAAGAGUUGUUAG